CACACACGUCUCGCGCAUAGUCCCUUUGAUGAGCUCCCGCUUGGCGGCGAAGGGUCGACGCUCUCCGCAAGCGGAGAAGCUACUAUAUACCGCAGCAGCAGCAGCAGCUCCGGAGAGGUUUUGGAUUGUAGAGAGAGGAGGAUCGAUACCGCACGCUCGCGCGGUGAGAGAACGGCGAGUUUUCAUUUUUUAACAGGUUUUAGAGUAAAUCCAGCUGUCGGCUCGCUCAUUUAUGCUUAGGGCUAUAUCAGCGCGCUCUUGUGGCUUGAUGAGCGGAUAAGUUCUUGUAUAGGGUCAUUUUUGCGAUCGGGAAUUCGCGAAGCGGAGGAAUUAAAGUUGAAUGUUUUUUUAGUCGCUAUAAUGGAUAAAAUUGAAUUAUUCGAUUUUAUCCCGGAUGAAGAGCCAAUCGGGAUGAAGCUAGAAGCGCGCGAAAGGCGAUUUUUGAAUAAAAAAUUUACUUGUCAAUUUUGAAUCGUGGCACGAUGAUUUUUAAUAAAAAAAGUAAACGCAUCAGACUAGUUUUGUAAAACCGAAGGCAGAAGUUUAAUCAAGACAAUUUCAUGCAUCCAUUGCGUUCGACGCUUUACUCGUCAUCACUCAAGCACACCAAUUAAACCCAUGACUUGUAUUCUAACAGGUCGAAUUAAGGAACGACGAGUAAAAAUCAUGCACUUUCAUCCAAGAAAACACAUGCAGUCAGGCAUAGAAUAUAAAUUAAGCGUAAAACUAUGCAAAUACAACCGUCAACCGUCAACGUUUGAAGAUAAAAAACGUAGAAUAUUCCUAUUUCGAGCGACCUCUUCAGAAGCUUUUCCGCGAGUUUACAAACAUUUUCCAACGAAACCCAUGCCCCCCCCCCACAGAAGUUUUCCAAGAACACGCGUUGCAUCAGCACAACAAUGGCCCGAUAUACACCGCGGCAAUAAAGCGAUUCUAUUUUACAAUCUCCAUGAGCUUAUACACACACACACACACACACACGAUAUGUGGGCCUGUGUGUUAUAUCAAAAUAUAAGAGUCUACGCUCUUUAAAAACCAUUUAAAACUCUAUUCGCGCUCGCCCCCCACCAUCUAUACUCUGCACUCAUCGACUUGGCGAUUCUCCACUGGACACUCGGCGCGUGCGGAUGUCACGAUCGCAUGAUGUGUCUUAGAAAGUGAUCGCGAGUAUCGUUACAUAUUUCAAUUCCGAAAUUCUCCGACCUAACCUAAAAAAAGCGACGGUUCCGUAUAUUUACAAACGCUCUGUUUCCCCCCCCCCCCCAAAAAAAACAACAUAGCAGCUGCCGCGCAAAAAAGUGUCACGAUUGAGCAACAAUAUGAUCCGGUGAUUGGAGAGUAAAAGAGAGAUCAAGCGGACUCCAAAAGGGUGACCUCAUUCUCAAGGCCAAUAUACAGCGCUGCUAAGAUAUCUCGCUACACUCAGCGCGGAGAGUAAAGUACAUAGAUGCUUGGACAACAACCGACUAGUCUCGCGGCUGGAGCCGCACUAUACUCUCUUACUCUACUCAUGUGAAUGCAGAUACUUACAUACUUGGCUGCGCCUCCUCAUUAUAAGCUGCAACCAAACAUGGAGACUGAUCUGGCCAAAUUGGAUGAAAGUCCAACAGAAGAGAAAUCCAGGAGUGUGCCUCAGUAUGUCACCCAGUACACUACUGAGGAGAGUGCAAUGUCCCAUGACUCGGAGUACGAUGAUUUCUUGGGUGUACCCGAGUCAAUCACUGUCAAUGAAAAUGGAGAACCUGUUAGCAUUGAAGAAAUAACCGAGGAUAAUUGUGACAAAGAUCUGCAGAGGGUUUUACCAUUUAUCACAAUUCACAAUGAAGCCGUCAAAUUCAAAAGCCAAAGUCGUAAUAUAUUCAUACCUGGCGAGGAUAUAUUUGCCAAAGUCAUUGACAUUGAACGCAGUGUCACGGCACAUCCUCUUAAUCCAAAUUUGUAUACAAUUGAAUUUACACAUGGCCCCUUCACAUGGAUAAUCAAGAAGCGAUACAAGCACAUACAAAACUUACACAACCAAUUGAAGAUCUAUAGAGCAAGUUUAAAUAUACCGUUCCCCACCAAGAGCCACAGAGAAAAGAGGCACAGCUUCAAAACUAUGUCAAAUUUUAAAGGAAAGAAGAGACGCAGAGGUGCUUUACCAAGGUUUCCUAACAGACCUGAUGUUCUCAUACCUCACGAGUACCUAAGUCACAGAAUGAAAGCUUUAGAGGAAUAUCUAGAUACUUUAUUAAAAAUAGAAAUUUACAAACGACAUCCAGAAACUAUAAGUUUUAUGGAAAUUUCUCAUUUGUCUUUUGUUGGUGAUUUGGGAGAAAAAGGCAAGGAAGGUUUAGUCAUGAAAAGAACAGGUUCUGAGGCAAAAUCUGGUUGUAAUCUCUGUGGCUUGCUCCAGGGCAUGUUCUGUGUCAGGUGCAGCCAUUUCUGUUCUUCAAUGUGUGGCACAUGGCACAAAAGACAUCUUGUAGUUAAGGAUACAUUUCUGGCAUACAUAAGUCCAAAAGAUGGAAGGAUAAAGUCUGUGAUACUCAUGGACAAUCGCUUCGAGGUUAGCUCUGGAAUGUAUUCAACUGGCCUGAGAAACGGCCUGCAGAUAGUUAAUCUUAAUAGACAUAUAGUCAUUAAGUGUUGGACAAGAAGAAAAGCUAAAGAAUGGCUGGAGCAUAUACAGCAAAUAACGCAGAACGAAGGUAGACCAUUUGUACAAGCAAAUCCCCAUAAAUCCUUUGUUCCAUACAGAUAUCCUAUAUCUGCAAGUUGGUUUGUUGAUGGUUCUAGUUACAUGUCAGCUGUAGCUGAUGCUUUGGAAAAUGCCAUAGAAGAAAUAUUUAUUGCUGACUGGUGGCUCUCUCCUGAAAUUUUUAUGAAAAGACCAGCAAUUCAUGGAGAUUAUUGGAGAUUAGAUAACAUUUUGCAACGAAAAGCUCUAGCAGGUGUCAAGGUCUUUGUGAUGAUCUACAAAGAAGUAGAACUGGCUCUUGGAAUUAACAGCUUCUAUAGUAAGCAACGUCUCGUCGAAAAAUGUCCCGAAAACAUCAAAGUUCUGAGGCAUCCGGAUCACGCAAGGGUCGGCGUAUUCCUCUGGGCUCAUCACGAAAAAAUUGUCGUCGUAGAUCAAAGCGUCGCAUUCCUCGGUGGCAUCGAUCUUUGCUACGGGCGUUGGGAUAAUAAUGAGCAUAGGUUGACAGAUAUAGAGUCUACAAACAUGUCCACAAUUUACAUACCAUCAAAGGGCAAGGUUGUCAGUACGAGUAGCAAAAGAUAUAAUUCAAGCAAUGUUCAAAACCAUGUACUUCUACCUCUGGCUAUAGCAACUAAUACAAUAGCAAUGGCCACGACUAAAUGUAUACCUAUACUGCCUUAUAUGAUUGGCAAAAAAUGUCAAAAGAAACCACUGACACCUCAGCAAGAUCUCAAAGACCCCAUGUUUAUUUCUCCGCCGCAAGGUUUUGAAAAUUUUAAAUGUAACACACCUGAUCCCCAGCGAAAAAAUCUGUUCGAUAUGGCAAAAACUACAGUCGAUAACAUAAAACAGAACGUCAAAAUAAAAAGACGCGAGUGGAUCAAUAUGGUUUAUAAUCCUAACGAAGCCGACAAUAGCAGUGAUGAAGAGACUGAGGAUACGGUAGAUAAUGCUACUAUGUUGACUCCUUCCGCCGAAACCGGCGAGCCUAUGCUGUACCGAUCUGGAGAUGUGCUCGAAAUACCAGGUAGUUCAAAACUCUGGAUCGGUAAAGACUACGUCAACUUCAUUGUCAAAGACUUUAACAAUCUUGAAAGUCCGUAUCAGGAUCUCGUCGAUCGAAGCACCACACCGCGUAUGCCUUGGCACGACGUAGGUGUCAUGGUGCAAGGUGCAAGUGCUAGAGACGUUGCUCGGCAUUUUAUACAGAGGUGGAAUGCAAUCAAGUUGGAAAAAGCUAAACAAAACGCGACGUAUCCAUUUCUACUACCAAAGUCAUACAAGGACUGUAAAAACUACGUGCCAAACAUAGGCGUGAGCCAAAUGCACAAUGUUAAAUGUCAAGUUUUGAGAUCUGUCAGUUCUUGGUCCGCCGGCUAUCUCGAGUCCGACACCGUAGAACAGAGUAUUCACGAAGCCUACAUUCAAGCGAUCUCUAAAGCAGAGAGAUAUAUCUACAUCGAAAAUCAAUUCUUCAUUACUCUAUCAACGCUUGAUAAUUCAGUAGUCAGAAAUCGUAUUGGAGAGACUUUACUCAAGAGAAUAAUUCGGGCUCAUCGAGAGGGCUCGGUGUUUCGCGUUUUUGUAGUCAUGCCGCUAUUGCCUGGUUUUGAGGGAGAAGUUGGUGGACCAUCGGGUUCGGCACUAAGGGCAAUCACUCACUGGAAUUACGCCUCCAUAUCAAGGGGGAAAGAUGCGAUUUUAAAUCAGUUAAUAGACGCUGGAAUCGAAGAUCCCGGCGAAUAUAUAACAUUCCAUGGUCUAAGGACUCAUUCAAUGCUAAAUGGUACAAUGGUUACGGAAUUAAUUUAUGUGCAUAGCAAAUUGAUGAUCGUAGACGAUAACACUGUGAUCUGCGGCUCCGCAAAUAUUAACGACCGAAGUAUGAUUGCUAUCAGAGACAGCGAAAUAGCUGUAAUUAUUCAUGAUACAGAGUUUGAUGACAGUAAAAUGAACGAUAUCCCAUUCUCUUGUGGAAAGUUUGCGGGAUCUCUCAGGAAGCAUUUGUUUCGCGAACAUUUGGGACUUCUGUGGUCAGACGAAGAUAUGGAUUUAGACGAUAUCGUUAAAAAGUCGUUUUACAACGAUAUCUGGCGCGCGAGAAGUAAACAAAAUACGGAAAUUUUUGAGGAUGUGUUCAACUGUGUUCCAACUAACAAAGUUGUAAACUUUUCCAUGUUAAGACAAUAUCAGGAUGAGUCGCCUCUGAGUGUGACCGAUCCACUUUUAGCACGGCAAAUGAUAAAAAAUAUUAAGGGACAUUUAGUAGAUUUACCGCUGAAUUUUUUGUGUAACGAAUCGUUGAAACCAGCUGCUGGCACAGUUGAGGGCAUGAUGCCAACUUCCUUAUGGACUUGAUCAGUAUUAUUAUUUUUAAGUGCUCGAAGUGUUCAAUUAGGAAAAUUUAUCCACAUACUGCGGCACCUGAAUCUAGCCGAAAAUGGCAGGGCAGUUUUUAAAAAGAGAUUGUAUAGCAUGAGAGAUCUGUUAUUUAUGUUACAAGUAUUUUUUUAAAUGUAUGUAUUUGUGUUCUGUUGGUGCAAUUGUUUCAUCGAUACUUUUGAAACAAGGUAUUUGGUUUUUAAAUAUUUGAUACAUUCUUCUAUAACUGUUAAGUUUUUUUUUUAAUGGAAACAUGAUAUUUUGACAAUUUGAGACAAUACUCUUGUGUCAAUGAUAUUCCUGAGAUUAUUUUAAUCUGAGAAAAUGUAUAUCAAAUGAAAUGAGCGCGUUUCAGUACGCAUGUUUCCAAAAAUAAUGCAUUUCAAAGUAAGAAUGAAAUUGUUUUAAAUUUGCAGAUAGUAUGAGCAUCUGUUACCACUUUAUAAGAAUCUGUUUUAUAAGCCAAACAAAAAUUAUAUUAAAUGUUACACCUGAUUAUUUCUAUAUAAAAUUGUUUUAAUGUAUUUUGUAAACUAUAAGUUUUUGAACGAUAUUUUUAAUAAGUAUUUCAAUAAAACGAUGAAAAC